AUGCCCGACUUGAUCCCUAAACCGGACCCUCAAACGGUCAAAUCGCGCUGGUUGAGGGACAUACUUGAGGAGUUGAACCCGGAUUUCCCCACCGAAUGGCAUGCUAUGACCUAUAAGAUGCGUGUGGUGAUACAAAAGCAUCUUGAUCCGAAUAAGUCGAUGGGGCAGCAAAACAAGGACGCCGUCGACCAGUGUGCAAAGGAGAUAUGCGAACAGAUCACGUACUUUCGACAGUUCGAGGGCGCUUGGCCUACUCUGCUGUAUAUGGAGCAGUACAUCGUCCACAACAAGGGGAAGAAUAGAAUUCGCGGCGAUCUGUCCGGUCCAUGGCGUGAACCCCGGUUGGCUCGCAACCACAUACACGAGAAACGCCGCCGACGCCGGUCGUCGUUCUCGCCGUUCAAGUCUCCGAAACCCAUUCGACGCGUGGUCAUGCCAGCCGCGGCGAAGACCCAGAGCGACUUCAUUGACCUCACAACGGAUUCGGACGACGAAUCAAGGGGCACUGCCAGCUGCAGCGCGGCCGCUCCCCGGCGCCGGAGCCUCAGCCCGCUUCGGACCAGGAGUCGCAACGUCGCUCGUUCGGGAGCCUCUGGCCUGACAGCAGUCGACGAAGACGUCAAGCCCUCUAUCAGUGCCCCUCCAGCCCUGGAAGGUAAACGGCGGCCCGUUCGCCCGUUCGUAGGCAAGCCCCGGUCGCCCCCCGCUCCGUACCGCCCCAUUGGAAGUUCCAUUGGUGGGCCUUCGCAACCGGCAUCAGCCCGUGCGAAUCCAGUGCAGGCGUUCCUGGGCAAUCUGGACGUGCCAAUGGGUCAUCUUUACCCCAUAUUUCACGACUUGGGCAUACGUGAGCAGGCUGCCCUUGACGAGCUCGCGAGAUGGGACGCUAGCGAGCGCAACGCUUGGCUAGACGGCCAGCUUCCGUCGCGCGAGGAACAGGGCAAAAUCACUCCUUUUGAAACACAUGUUGUGAAGAGGGCUUUGAUGAAGCGCGGAGAAUACCUCAGAGCGUCCGAUAAAGAGAACAAGGCCCCAUAGGUCUCAAUAGUCGAGUUAACUUGCAUGUAUUGUUCCGUCUGCCG